AUGCACUUCACCUGGAAGCCCGGGAUUUCCAAGCUAGGACACCCCCCCCCCAAACUACCACACAAGCACCAAGCCUUGGCACUUGCCCUCCACUACUACACUGCGGCAUGCGAGCACAAAACCCUGUGCGAAAUAUUUGGAGUCCCUCCGUCGACGUUUGAAAUAGCGCUCCGAAAGGCUGAGGUCGCUCCCAGUGGUUACCUCCAAGAA